AUGAAUAGUCAAGUACCAGUUAUAGUAAAUUUUCAUGCAGAAUGGUGUGAUCCAUGCAAGAUUCUCACUCCUAAAUUAACAGAACUGAUUGAACCUAUGACAGAAUUAAACUUAGCCAUAGUGAAUGUAGAAUUGAAUCCAGAGUUAGUUCACACAUUCGAAGUGAAAGCAGUCCCUGCUGUUAUAGCUGUAUCUAAUGGCCUAGUAGUUGAUAAAUUCAUUGGUUUGGUAGAUUCUAAUAUGAUUGACAGUUUGAUUAAAAAAUUAACAAACAAUAAUUCAAAUACAUCUAAUACAUGA